CCGUGGAGGUGCUCGGGCUGACCCUUGUCACGAGGCGAGAGACGUGCGAUGUCCUGCCAAUCUCCUCCUCCCAACGCUGGUACGACAAAGAAGUAUUUGACGCAUCCCCUGGAAAACCGUGUUAUUAGCCAGCGUGCUCGGGGAGGAGUGACUCUUGCAUCGCUUUCAAAGUGCAAACGAGGUGAUUUUUCUACAGUGCCGCCUUUGAUUUAUUUGCGGGUGAGAUCGUGCGUCUGAGAAGAAGCUGGCUGUGAAGGAGAGAGCUGUGGAAUGCUGUGAAGACUCACUGCCCUGCAGCCGUAGGCAGACUCCUCUCCGGAUUAUCUCCUUCCGAAGGAAGCUCGUAUCCAAGAGAGUUCCCCGUCUUCCACCAUGAACCCUGUUUACAGCCCCGUCCAACCUGGGGCUCCCUAUGGAAACCCGAAGAACAUGGCGUAUACAGGUUAUCCGACGGGCUAUCCCACCGCUGCCCCAGCCUACAACCCAAACAUGUAUCCAACCAGCAGCCCCGGCUAUGCCCCAGCUACACUUCUGAUGAAGCAAGCCUGGCCACAGACCUCUUCCUCCUGUGCCACGGAGGGCACCUUCCACCUCCCGGUGGACACCGGGACCGAGAACAGAACUUAUCAGGCUUCUUCUGCAGCAUUCAGGUACACUGCGGGGACUCCCUACAAGGUCCCACCGACCCAGAGUAACAACGCACCUCCUCCCUACUCGCCAUCUCCGAAUCCAUACCAAACCGCUAUGUACCCCAUCAGAAGUGCCUAUCCACAGCAGAACCUGUACACCCAGGGAGCUUAUUAUACCCAGCCAGUGUACGCGGCACAGCCUCACGUUAUCCAUCACACCACCGUGGUUCAGCCCAACAGCAUCCCAUCGGCCAUCUAUCCGGCCCCGGUCGCUGCGCCCAGGACCAACGGUGUGGCCAUGGGGAUGGUCGCUGGGACCACCAUGGCAAUGUCAGCAGGAACCUUGUUGACCACCCCACAACACACCGCCAUCGGAGCACAUCCAGUUUCCGUGCCAACAUACAGGGCUCAAGGAACCCCCACCUACAGCUACGUACCUCCACACUGGUAAAUCCACUGGCCAGUUCAUAUCCGGAGUCAAACAUUGUAUGCAACUACACAAGUCUUACAUCGGUGCUGUGGCCGCUGUACUGCAGCACCUUGUCUGUUUGCAAGAACAAAAGAAAAAAAAAAAGUGCAAGGGUCACUUUAUGCAUUCUUUAGUGGUUUUUGUAAAAGCUGCUUUUUCUAAUCUUCUGCCUCUUUUUUUUUUUUCCUCUCCCCCUUCCUCCUCCCCAACCCACAUAAAUUGUGUAACACACAUACUGACACUGAGCAAUAGUAAAGUUCUCUCUUUGGUCCUAUCA